ACCCCGAUCCCAUCUCGUCCCUUUACUUGCCAGAUGUGACUGUUUAACCCAGUUUAUCGCUGCUUCUUUUUUUUGCUUUUGCGUUGCGCAUCCCAUCAGCCCGCGUCCCCCCGCUUCUUCCUGCUUUCCUAGUCUCUUUUCCUGCAGCAGCUCUCGGACGCUUCUCUCUCACACUCUACUGGGUUGUUUUUAAGGUUUGGCCGUUCUCUUUCAAGGAAUGCGAACAGUUUUCCUCUGUCGCCUGCGAAGCCACAUGACCAGCUGCUCUGAAAACUGUCCUCGGGUCCUGUUUCAGGUCUGAAGCGCCCGUACCUGUCCAUGGUGCUGAAAGGCAUUUUCCCGAAGACACCGAUGCGCUGCGGCUGCUGCUUCAAAUUUUCCACAAAUCUUCCUUAUUUCUGGGUCUUAUCGGGUUCUGCAGGUGAGAUCAUUUCAGCAAUAAUUGCUUCAUCUACCCGGAGAGGCUUCUGAACUCAAAAUAGGAGUUGAUCCUGAAGGAAACCAAAAGAUCGAUUGCGACUCCUGCGGCUGUAUUUAUUUCAGAAAGACUCCUCUUUUUAGACUUUUCCAAAAUACGAACAUCGGAUUCAUGGACGAUUCAUGUAACUCAGCUUUAGCGUGGAAAUAUCUGGCCUAUAAAUAACGAGUAGGGGGGGGGAUUGGAAGUAGCGGAUGAAUAAUCUUCAUUUGUAGUAUAUCCAAAAAUAAUUGUGUUGAUGCGGGAAGGGGGUCACUUCUAUUCUGGAUCAGCUGAGACGAAAACAACCCCUUCUGCUCUAAAAUAAAACUUGUCCUAAAUACCAAAUGUCAGUUUGAGGAGGCCGCAUCAAGACAAUGGAGGCGUCCGCCAAUGGGUCCAGUUUUGGCAUCGACUCUCUGCUGUCCCACAGGCCUGGAAGUCCGGUGUCCAAAGGGGACAGUUUGGUGGGAGAGUGCCGCUCCCCUCUGGAGUUCAGCCCGAGAUCAGACGUGGAGAGCGGCUGUUCGUCGCCUCCGUCGCCGAGGAGGGAGUGCGUGGAUGAGGUAGCCCAGAGACAAGGUCACGGAGUCGGCCUGCCACCGCACCUGCAGCACGCGCAGAUAUCUGCUGGGUCGCAGCAGAGGACCGUGACCUCGUCGUUCCUCAUCAGAGAUAUUCUCGCGGACUGUAAGCCUUUGGCUGCCUGCGCUCCCUACUCCAGCAAUGGACAGCCGACUCAGGAGGCGGGGAGGCUGGCCUCGAAGAUAGCGGACGACUUUAUGGAGAAAAUCCACAGCAACUCAUCGUCAGACAGUGAAUAUAAAGUGAAAGAAGAGGGGGACAGGGAGAUUUCAAGCAGCAGAGAAAGCCCUCAGGUCCGGCUGAAGAAGCCCAGGAAGGCAAGGACGGCCUUCACAGACCACCAGCUUGCCCAGCUGGAGCGCAGCUUCGAGCGGCAGAAGUACCUAAGCGUCCAGGACCGCAUGGAGCUGGCGGCCUCCCUCAACCUCACCGACACGCAGGUCAAGACCUGGUACCAGAACCGGAGGACAAAGUGGAAGAGGCAGACAGCGGUGGGACUCGAGCUGCUGGCCGAAGCUGGAAACUACUCCGCCCUUCAGAGGAUGUUCCCGUCCCCGUACUUCUACCCGCAGAGCCUGGUGUCCAACCUGGACCCCGGAGCGGCCCUCUACCUGUACAGAGGCCCCUCGGCGCCCCCACCGGCACUGCAGAGACCCCUCGUUCCUCGGAUCCUGCUGCACGGCCUGCAGGGGGGCAGCGAGCCGCCGCCUCCUCCGCCUCCCCUGCCUCCUAUGAGCGGAGUGCUUCCCCGGCCAGCUCAGCAGCGGUGAGCGGGCCCCUGCAGAUGUUAUUUUUCUUUUUUUUUCUCCCUACGCCGCUCCCGGCAGCUUGGGACUUGUUAGAAUAAACGACACAAAGACAGAAAGAGUUUUAAAAAAAGAAGAAGAGGAGAAGAAAAAAAAAAACUGUUCGGCCUUUAAACGGUGAAAUCUGAUCCAUGAUGAACCCUGAUGGACGGAGCUUUGUGACCGACACCCCCACUGCCUGUAUGGAGGAUUUUUUUUUUUUAUUUCAGUUUUUAAGGGGGGUGGGGGGAGGAACUUUAUUUAUAACUUAUUUAUUUUUCAAUAUGAAUAAAAGUUUCUAAGUUAUGUUAUUUAUUUGAACCCAGUUACAGUAUUCAAUGUUUUUCCAAAAAAAACAGACAAGCUGCAAUUGUCGGUGGCACUUUGACCUUCAGUUCAAUGCUAAUUAGACCUUUUAUUAUUAUUAUUAUUAUUUAGAGCGGACACGAACAACCUUCCCUGUAAUUUGAAUAACAGCUUAUUUGAGUAUCCAACGGAACAAUGAAGGAAUUUUCUUUUCUUUGCUAAUUUGUCAUUGAUUUUUCUCUACUUGUGAAGCAGUCAUGAACCUGUAAAUAAGAAUAUUUUGCAUUUUAAUCGAAAAAAAAUGAUUUUAAAAGAAACCUUUUUUUUUGUUUGUUUGAUCUGUUAGUGCGUCUCUUUCAGACCACGGUGAUCCAGUAUAACAGAAUAGGCUAGAUUAGCCAUCAGAAACUAUACAGAAAAAAAUAAAACACAUAUAGUCUGAGAAAGGAUGGACUACCUGCCUGGACCCACGUGUAGGCACAUAUACAGGAGAGCUAUGGAAAGAAAUAAAUCUAUAAAGUCUUCUUCUUGUUCUUAGUUGACGUUUUUAGCUGAGUACAAUUGUCAAGUAAUUUAUUUAAAAGCUGUUUUUAUCCCCACAGAGGGGACAGCAAUCACCUCAGUGAUUAUUAAUUUUGUAUUUUUUUUUUCGAUAAAUCCUUGGACUCGGGUCUGCAUACAGGUGUAACCGCCUGUUGAUUUGCUAUGGAUGUAUUUGAACAUUGUGGAUUACUUAUGUUAUUUCAUAUGAAACCGUGAUAACCCUUAAUUGUUAAUACUCUCCUUUGGUGAAAAAUGUAUAUUGCAGAUAUCAAACUUGUGGAGUGGUUCUCGUAUAUCUCCUGGAUCGUUUUUAUUAUUAUUUUUUUUUAAUUAUUACUAUAAUUAUUAUUUUCGUUCCUUUAGCUUUCCUCA